UAAGCAAAGAAUUGUUAUCGUGACCAACUAGAAAAUCGUAAGAAUCCAGUCGACUUAUAACAAAAUUGUAAUAAAAAUGCGUCCGAUAAUAUUUUUCGUUUUAACAAUUUUGAGUUGUGUGCUUUGCAAAAAUAAUGUGAAAUCUUUAACUCAAUCUCUAGGUCAAGAAGUGAUUGAAAUAGAGCCUCCAAUCAAAGAACUGCCCCCAGGGUUAGAAGAGGAGCCGUCAGCAGAAAACGAACAAGAAGAAAAAACCACGACAACUAUACAACCAGCAACUAAGAGAGCCAGCAAAAUUACAACUGUAACACAGAAGACGGAAAAAGAAACCAAAGUGCAACCAGUGACCCUGGAGGACGAAGAGGCGAAAAUUGAGAAGGAGCUCGCUGAGAUGUACAAAGAUAAUGCUGACUACAAAGGCGACAGCAGUGAAGUAACGAAUGAAGUGACGCCUGUCACCGAGGACAAGCCUGUAGCAAGACAGAGAAACUUCAAAUUCCAGCCAGAUCUAAACAACAAGGCCGACAUCGAGAGAUUUAGGACUUCAAUCGACGACAUAAGUUGCGACAAAAGAGUCACAAAGAAACUGCUCGGGGAUGAAGUUGAAAUUAACUCAGCAUCUUCACUGAAGCUAUCGUUUUUAGGAAUUUUUAUUUGGAUAUCUACAUUUUAUUGUUAAAAAUUAAUUAAAUAUCUGCUAUUUUGUUA